GGGGGGGAGCAACAAUACACACAUCUGGAAAUAAUUGAAGAGUUAGAGAGGGAAAGAGAGACGUAGAUCUGUUUACAGACAGAAAAAAAAACAUACCUUCUAAAUUAUUUAAAAUUGUGAAGACGACUUCUCAUUGGGGAGAGCUGGAGGUCACAACCUACCAGUGAAGAACAAUCCGGAGGAAGAGAAGAAGGAAACCCUCGCUGGAUCACAGACCCAUGCAGAGGAGAAAAGAGAAGGAGCUACAGAUCAAAACCAACCGCUGAAGGAGCCAGAGAGGAGGAGGACACAGACAGGAUUAAAAGUAUUCAAACUCGUCUUCAGGAUGUCCGUGUCUCGGAAGUGUUUGUGCUGCGUCAAAUAUUUGAUGUUUGUCUUUAACCUCAUCUUCUGGCUGGGAGGAUGCGGGCUAUUUGGCAUUGGAGUGUGGCUGUCCUUCACACAGGCAGAGUUCUCCUCUCUCCCCCUGUCCUUCCCGUCCCUCUCUGCCGCCAACCUGCUGCUGGUCGCUGGCGGCAUCACCAUGGUGACAGGCUUCCUGGGUUGUCUUGGAGCCCUGAAAGAGCAGCGCUGCCUGCUGUUCAUGUUCUUUGUGAUCCUCCUGCUCCUGGUCCUGACAGAGGUGACACUGGCCUUGGUUAUUCACAUCUUCCACCACAAGCUGGAUUCCAAAGCGCAAGAGGAACUGAAAGAAGGUAUGAAGAAAUAUAAAUCAGAGCUUGGACUGAAAAAAUCCUGGGACAAUGUCCAGAAAAUGUUCAAAUGCUGUGGAGUCACCAACAAAACAGACUGGUAUGAUGUGCUGAAUGGAACGCUGCCCACCUCCUGCUGCUCUGUGGGGAUGGAGCAGUGUGUGGAAGGGUGGACUGAGCCGUGCUAUCAGAAGGCCCGGCAGUGGCUGUUGGAUAACAUCCCCUCUGUCCUGGUGUUUGGAGUGUGUAUCGGUGUUGUGCAGAUCCUGGCCCUGGUGUUCUCCAUGCUGAUGUACUGUCAGAUUCUGUGCGCUGAGAAACAUGUGGACUGAGAACCGAGCCGCUUGGAUCACAGACUCCUCCGGGAGAUCCUAACACCGCCCAACGUGAUUCAAGUUUUCCUUUCCACCCUCCCUCAGGACUGUGGUUCACAGGAGGCUGCCUCUCAAACUCCCCAAUGCAUUGGCUAUUACGUUCCUAAUUCUCAACCAAAAAACGACUGACUGGCGGCAGUGACAGACUGAAGAGGCGGUGUUGUACCAGCUUUUGAAAUAUGGUUUCAGAUCCACAAGCCUCCAGACAAAACUAUCGGCAAUAACCAUAAUGCAUUGCAACUGUUGGGGGUGGGGGUUCUCUUGGAAUGUUGUCAUGAACACGAAAUAAGUUUCGGAGGAGAAGAACACACUCAAUAAAACAUUUUGACGUAGCACUUAGUUCACUUUGCUAAUAAUUCCAAGUCUUGAAUAUUAAACCUUAACCAUAUAAGCACUUUCAUCAUGUAGUGUAGUCAUUUUAAAGCUUUACAUUUAUUUUUAGUAUCUAAUGAAGCCAAACAUAUUAUUAAUACUUUUACACGUGUUUUAACAAAACAGUAAGAUAUUAUGCUUUACAUUUCUUGAGAUUUCUUGAUUUUUAUGGCAAUCUUCUCCUCUGUAUUUAAAGUUUGAUUGCACUUCCUUUUAACUAACAGUGUGACUUCCUGUGAGGGCGGGGCUUUGUACUCCGUUGAUGAUCUUUAAACAAUACGAAUAUUUUUAACCGAGCUGAAUCCAUUUGUGCGGAUGUUCCACACUUAAGCAAAUCACAGAUCACAAAGACAUGAUUUUAAAUGUGUGUGAAUUUAAUAAACAGCUGUUCUUACAUUCA